CAAAGCCGAGGCGCAUUUCACAAUAAUUAAAUGUUUUUUGUGCAAUUCGUGCGUACGUUUCCCCGGAAAACAACCAGAAAUGUGUGAAUCAAGGACCCAGUGACAGUAGAAAGUGGGCCAGUGCUAGAAAUUAACCAGCGACAGCCAGAAAUCAGACAGUUUGGCAAUUGAAAACGCCGACCGCAUAACCUGUACGUGUACGUAGUGGCGAAUGGAGUGUAAAGGAAAAGGCAAGAGAAUGAAAGAAGAGGCGCCAAGCAAGAAAUUGCCGCCUAAAAUUUAUGGCGGGGACUGCACCCCCACCAAGGCGGCACACGACGAGAUUCUCAGCUCCCUGCUGCGCAUUAACAAUUUCGAUUCGAUAUCGAGCAUCAAGGAUGAGUCUCUGGAUAUUGAUCUAUCCGCCUGCGUGACCAUCAGCUCCGCGAGCCUCGUCAACGGCAACAGCCUCUCGUCCACGGACUUUUGGCGCGUGCUCGACGAGAGCGCCCAGAACAACACGGAGCUCAAUCUCUCCGCCGACGUGUGCCGCGAUGACCUGGUGGCGGGGCCCAGCGCUAGCAUCGUGGCCCGUGAUCUAUCCAGUGACAAUCACAGCUCCGAGUUCAAUGUGACUUUCCUGCGGCCAGAGCCGCCGAAUGCCUUCACCAAUUCCCCCUUCAAGAAGACUUCAUCCUCGACCUGCACGACGCCGGUGAAGCUGUCGCCGGAACAGAUGCACAUGCAACUGAUGCCCCAGCCGAUGCAACGCAAGCCCAAGCUGCCGGCGGCAACGGCAGUGCGUCUGAAGGUCUUCAAGGAGGAGCCGCUCGAGGAGAGGCCGCUGCCAGAGCUCAAGCCACUCAAUGUGGUAACCAAAGCGGAGGUCUGCGAGUCGGAUUACAUGCCGCCAGCCUUUACCAUCUUCCAGCAGCCGAAGCCGGUGGCGACGACGUCCGGAGAAGCGUCCAGCAUGCCGCCGCCAAUAUCGACGGAUGGCAGUGCGAAACCCUUCGAAGUGGAUCCUGUGCCACUUCACAAGUGCCUGGACUGCAAUGGCCUGCUGCUGGAGAGUCCCGAGGAGUUGAGCAAGCAUGAGGCGGCCGGCCAUCGCCUGCGCAUGACAUACAAGUGCAACGAAUGCCAGCGCGACUUUGAAAUGCUCGCCGGCCUCAAGAAGCACCUCAAGACGCAUCGCACCGAGGGACGCAAGGACACCUGGAAGAAGUGCCCCGACUGUGGCAAAUGCCUCAAAUUGGGAAGCAUGUGGAUGCACCGUAAGAUCCACAGCGACAACAAGAAGUAUCAGUGCGAUAUUUGCGGCCAAAAGUUUGUGCAGAAGAUCAAUCUGACGCAUCAUGCACGGAUACACUCAUCGGAGAAGCCGUACGAGUGCCCCGAGUGUCAGAAACGCUUCCAGGAACGCUCCCAUCUGCAGCGCCAUCAGAAGUACCAUGCCCAAACGCGUUCCUAUCGCUGCGAGAAGUGCGGCAAAAUGUACAAAACCGAGCGCUGCCUCAAGGUGCACAAUCUGGUGCACUUGGAGCAGCGCCCCUUCGCCUGCACCGUCUGCGACAAGAGCUUCAUUAGCAACUCGAAGCUGAAGCAACACUCGAAUAUCCACACUGGGAUGCGACCCUUCAAGUGCAACUACUGUCCGCGGGACUUUACCAACUUCCCCAACUGGCUGAAGCACACCCGUCGCCGCCACAAGGUGGACCACAAAACUGGCGAACACCUCGAGAACAUUCCCUCGUAUUGCUCGAAAAAGUCGACCACCAGCAAGGCACAGAAAGUAGCCGCCGCCGCCGCAGCAGCUGCAGCGGCAGCAGCAACAGCCGCAGCGAAUGGGGAUGGAGAUCCUGGGGCCACAACGGAUGGCAAAGCCAAGCCCAGUCCAGCAGCUGCGACGGCGCCAACGCCAGUGAAACAGGCUCGCAAAAAGAAGCAGCCACAGCAGGCCACCCUGGCCGCCUUGGGCAUCACCUUGCCGGCGGGCACUGCACUCCAACAGGUGCACCCGGCGCCCUCAAAGGCCUCACAAGGAUCCCAGCAGGAGCUAACCACUGUACUGGUGACAUUGCCCCCUCCACCCCCCAAGCAAGCGAAGACCAAACGCGAACGCAAACAGCCGGCACCCAAGCAGCUGCAGCAGAAGCCCCAGACACAGAAGCAAGCCCAACUCCAGGCCCUGAUGGAGCCCAUCGCUUGUCCCACGCUGCCGCAUAUUAAGAAGGAACCAGUGCAUUCGCAGGGCCCGUUCUUGGAUCUGCACGGCCUCAGUCUCACAUCGGCCGAAGAACUGAUUAUGGAACAGGCCCUAGAAAUGGAAGAGUGCGGACUGUAUGAUGCGCCCAAUGCCAAUACGGAAAUGGGAACAUCGGACAAUGCCAUCUCCGAUUCGGCUGCAGCCCUGCACUUUCAGAUCAAGAACGAGCUUCCCGACGAGCUGCUCCCAGAUGAAGAAUUUUUGCCUUGUAAGCCCAGCGAUCGCCUAGCUUGCCCCUCACUCGAGUCGUCGCCGUUCUCAUCUCCUGCCUCCAUGGAGCUGACUGCCGUCUCCUCCAACAAUGGAAAUUCGCAUGCGGGACCGGUGCGAUCUGGGAACUACUAUCUGCCAGCCUUCACGCUAAAUGCGCAGGGAAAGCUGAGCCACACGUCGCACAGCUCCCCCUCCUCGGGACUGUCGGUGAGUGGGACGACGAGUGUGUCGGCCGCCUCCACCACGGUGUCGAUGGUGAAUGUGCCGCUGCUGGUGCGCUCGAAUCAAAUGUUGCCUUCGGUGGAUACAUUGCUCUUCACCACACAGACUGGCGGAAAUCGGUUCUUUACCGGAAAGUCGGCGACCACGGCCACGUCCCAUCUGACAUGAUCGGGCGGCGGCGUUUGCUGCCCGCCUCAACGAUAGAACGCCUCAACGAUCUCCUGUGUCUUAGUUAAGUUUAGCCCUAUCGACCACGCAACGACCGCUGGCAAUCAUAUACAAGCAAUGGAUGAGUGAUACGUGCUUGGUCCGUAGUCCGUAGAUAAUAAGAGUACGACGCUACAUUUGUUUAAGGAUCUAGACCCUAAGCCGAGUUCAGAAUAGCCCCUAAGAUGGAUUGAGUGUAUAUAUAAACCAUUCUAUAUACAUAUAUUAUAUGAAUAUGAUUUAUGAUUUGUACGCUUCACACCAAUAAUAAAUUUCGUACAUAUU